CGGAUAUUUCCAUCCGCGCACGGUUUUCUUGUGCUUUGCGAAGCGCGAGCUCACUCUCUCGGCCGACUUUCCACUCUCAAAAAUGGAGAAUAGUACCGUUGUUAACAACGAUCAGCGGCCGACGAUCAUGGUCACCAACGACGACGGUAUCGAUGCGCCAGGACUCCGCGCUCUCGUCCGCGUUCUCGUCUCAACGAAUCGCUACCAAGUUCUUGUUUGCGCCCCUGACUCGGAAAAGUCGGCAGUGAGUCAUUGUAUUACUUGGCGUAAUCCUAUUUCUGCUCAGCGAGUAGAUAUUGAUGGAGCAACAGCUUUUGCAGUUUCUGGCACUCCGGCAGAUUGUACUUCUUUAGGGAUCUCCAAUGCUAUCUUCCCCAUGAUCCCUGACCUGGUAAUCAGUGGCAUAAACAUGGGGAGCAACUGUGGUUAUCACAUCAUUUACUCUGGCACGGUUGCUGGUGCUCGAGAGGCUUUUUUUAAUGGCAUACCUGCUAUCUCUAUGUCAUAUGAUUGGGUUGGAGGCAAGAGCAAUGUGCAGGACUAUAGUAUUGCUGCUGAAGCUUGCUUACCGAUCAUAAGUGCAGUUCUGACAGAGAUUAAGAAUCAGAAUUAUCCUCUAGGGUGCUUUUUGAAUAUGGAUUUUCCAACUGAUAUUGCAAAUCAUAAGGGGUAUAAGCUGACUAAGCAGGGUAAAAGUAUUUUUAAAAUGGGCUGGAGGCAAGUUACGGCUGAUACACAAGGAGGGAAAAUGUUAUCAACGAUGACUAUGGAAACAGAUUCAGCAUCAGCUGCAAAUUCUGAUUUAAGAUCUAUAUCACAGGGACAUCUGCUGUUCAAGAGAGAAGUAAGGGAAGCCCGAGGUGACAAUGAUGAUACAGAUCACCGUUCACUUCGUGAAGGAUAUAUUACCGUUACUCCUCUUGGUGCCCUAUCUCAGGCAGAGGGAGGUUACCAGGCAUACUUCAAAGAUUUACUACCAAGACUGGUUGCCUCCCUGUCUUCAUCUGCCAUAUAAUGUGACAAGAUCCUUGUCAUGCGUAAGAGGCCAUAGCACAUGCCCUGUCUCUCUGUAAGCAGACUGAAAGAUGGUCAAACAAUAAGUAGUGCUGUUACAAUUCUCUGGAUAUUCCCGACCUGAAAUCAUCAUCUACUUGCCUUCUGGAUGCCGCGAAUUACAUGUAAUUUUCAUCAUUUUUCCAUAUGGGACUCUCCGAUGCUUUUACGAUUCUCAUAAUCUCAUGUCCUUAUUAUACUUUGGAAACUCUUAUAUACACUUUGGAGGGGUUCUUAUGUGGUGAACUGGUGAUACUACAGUUACAUUGUGAGAGUAGGGUUUUGAGAUAUUGUUACCUAAUGAUUGAGAUAAAUCUCUGGUUUGGCAGACUUUAAGGGAUUA